AUGGACUCGCAAGAUCAGUCGAUCAGCCCAGAUGAAAUUGCGCUGUACGAUCGUCAAAUCCGUCUCUGGGGAGUCAAGGCCCAGGAGAAGUUGCGGUCUGCGAAUAUCCUCAUCAUCACCUUCAAAGCGCUGGCAAAUGAAGUUGCCAAAAAUCUGGUGUUAGCAGGGAUCGGAAGCUUGACUAUAAUUGAUGAUGGGAUCGUCACCGAAGAGGAUCUUGGAGCGCAGUUUCUCGUGAACCAGGAUUGUAUUGGUCAAAAUCGGGCCCAAGCUGCGGCCCCAGCAGUACGAGCCUACAAUAAACGAGUCAAGGUCUACGCAGAUGCAAGUGGCAUUUCCAGCAAGCCGCCAGAGUUCUUCGGGCAGUUCGACUUAACAAUUGCAACCGAGCUUGACUUCGCCAUGUACAAUGUCAUCAAUUCGGCCUGUCGUGUAGCCGGACGACCGUUUUACGCAGCUGGCCUGCAUGGAUUCUACGGUUUUGUUUUUUCUGACCUAAUUGAACAUGACUUCGUGAUCACACGAGAGAAAUCAAACGUUCCAUCGCCUAUAAACGAAACAUCAACUCGGACUAUUUUGAACAUAACUUCGAAGAAGGAGAAUGACAAAAUGAUUGAGAUGGUCACGAAACGAGAGAAAUACCAUCCUCUCCUUCUAGCAAACACAUCACCGCUACCCGACGAAUUGACACGUCUACCCCGCCGCCGAAAGCAAGUGACACCGCUUCUGAGCUGUCUUCGAGCCCUCUGGGAGUUUCAGAAAAUCAACCAUGGCAGAUUGCCAACCUUUUCACACCAAGAUCUUGAAUCAUUCACGAAACUGGCUCGGGAUGCGCACCAGGAACUCAAGCUUGACAUUAGCACCCUCGAUUCAGCAUUCUUGCGAACUUUCCUGUCAAAUCUCGGAAGCGAACUAAGUCCAGUGGCCGGUUUCUUAGGAGGUGCUUUAGCCCAAGACGUGAUGAAUGUCCUGAGCGCUCGGGAGCAGCCUCUUCAAAAUCUCCUUCUGGUUGAUGGCGAGAGAUCUGUUGCCCCCAUCUAUUCGCUACACCCUUUCUACUCAAUGGAUACACCAAAUGCCAUGGCUGCCGUUCCUCCGGCUCCGAAUCCAAUUCCACUGAAUGGUCACCCGGGUAUAGAAAAUGGUCAGCCGAGCAUAGGAAAUGGCCAGCCGGGCGUAGGGUUGUCGUAACCCUAUAACUCCGGUGACCUCAUACUAUUGCGGAAUACGCCAUGAAAGAGCGUGCUGCAUAGAUCAGUGGAGA